AUGGCUACAUACGUGGAUAGAGUGCUGAAGCAGGACAUUCUUCUCUCUCUUGAUCCAGGCCGUGACGACUGUCUAUACAGAGUCCGACGAAUCUCAAGUGGCGUGAAUCGGGUCGUAUACGUCACCAUCACGAACCUAAACAUCAUCCCUGAAGAGAAACGCACAUACGGUCCCUCAGUUAUCAAAGAGCUCAGCAAACUGUCAGAAUGGAGUGGCGACUGGACAACACUACGCGUCUAUAUGGAUGGUGACCGCAUCCGGUGCGAAACUGACGCAUUCCAACCACAUGCCCUCCCAGAGGAACACGUCCUCGAGAGAUACCCCAAGUACGACAUAUUUAGCUUCGACGUUCGGCGCUCAGUCAACCACCGAGUUUCCGAGGUGGUCUAUGGCGGACGGACUGCGUUCCUCAAGAUUGCCCGGUUUCCAUUCGAACUGCCUCUCUUGAUCCGAGAAGUCGAAGCCUACCACCGCCUAGCAGAAUCUGACGUGGCACCAAAACUUAUCGGAUACGUUUUCGAAGAGAGUCCAGAUCGCGUCGUUGGGUUCCUAGUCGAGUCGGUGGAAGGUCGCGUUGCAAAUGUCGCAGACUUUGAGGAGUGUAGUAAAGCUCUUGAGAAGCUACAUAACCUCGUCGUCCAUGGCGAUCUUUGCAGAUAUAACAUUAUUAUCACUACUAAUGGGCCUAAGUUUAUCGACUUCGAGCACUCGACCCCUAUUACGGAAGCCGAAAAUGGUUUGGUAGACGAUGAAAAGCAGAGUCUAGCAGAAAAAUUGGUUGACGAGUCUGGAGCUGGACGCCCUUGGGACAUGAAUUAG